GAGGCUUAAGACGAUGGAGAUUGGCAACUUGCCACACCUUUUUUUUUUGUUUCGCUUUCUCUUUUCUCAUUUCUCACGUGUCUCCUUUUUGAGCUUAACUAUUCUUAUAUGAACUGCCACUACCUUCGCUUCUUUAUUUCUUUCCAAUUCUAGAAUAUUCCAACUCUCUGAGAUCUUUUCUUUUCUCCUCGAACGUCUUAUGCUACGGAGGAUCAGGUUCCAGAAUAAUACUGCUGGUCUCCAACAACUGAAUAGCGUUCUGUUCUCUGAAAUUCAUUGGGAGCCAAUUCCGUCUCUAGGUCAUCUUUUCUGAAUCGAAAUUCGCCACGAGGAGCUGAAAUUGUGAAUGAAUGAACGUCGAAAAAACAUGAAUGUCAGGAGAAAGAUCGGGAAGUAUGAGGUGGGGCGAACUAUUGGCGAGGGCACGUUCGCCAAGGUCAAGUUCGCCAGAAAUUCUGAAACAGGGGAGAGCGUGGCCAUUAAAACUAUGGCCAAGACCACCAUUCUCCAGCACAGAAUGGUUGAGCAGUCAAAGUUGUGCAUCUAAAUCGAUAUGCUUGCCCGUGCAUUUAUGCCAGAAUAAUGAUGCAAUUAAAAGAGAGAUAUCGAUUAUGAAGAUUGUCAGGCAUCCUAAUAUAGUUAGAUUGCACGAGGUUUUGGCUAGCCAGACCAAGAUCUACAUAAUCCUUGAAUUUGUGAUGGGAGGGGAACUAUAUGACAAAAUUGUUCAGCAGGGAAGGCUUUCUGAAAAUGAAUCUAGGCGCUAUUUUCAACAACUUAUAGACGCUAUUGAUCAUUGUCAUAAAAAGGGUGUGUACCAUAGAGACCUGAAGCCCGAAAACCUCCUUCUUGAUGCUUUUGGAAAUUUGAAAGUUUCUGACUUUGGAUUGAGUGCAUUGACUGAAAAGGGUGUUGGCCUUCUUCACACCACUUGUGGGACCCCAAAUUAUGUUGCCCCUGAGGUGCUCGGCAAUCGAGGAUACAAUGGUGCUGCAGCUGACGUUUGGUCAUGUGGGGUCAUCCUAUAUGUUCUACUAGCCGGAUAUCUUCCUUUCGAGGAGCCUGACCUUCCAACUUUGUACAGAAGGAUCAAUGCUGCAGAGUAUGUCUGCCCAUUCUGGUUUUCUGCUGAGACAAAGUCAUUCAUACAUAAAAUUCUAGAUCCUAAUCCAGAAACAAGGGUGAAAAUUGAAGAAAUAAGGAAAGUUCCAUGGUUCCAGAAAAACUAUUUUCCUGUCAAACUCAGGGAAUUUGAGCAAGUAAAUUUGGAUGAUGUUCGGGCUGUUUUUGAUGAUAUUGAGGACCAAUAUGUUGCUGAAAAGUCAGAAAUUACCGAGGGAGGUCCUUUCAUAAUGAAUGCAUUUGAGAUGAUUUCCUUAUCACAGGGAUUGAAUCUUUCACCAUUGUUUGAUAGGCACCAGGAUUAUGUAAAGCGACAAACACGUUUUGUCUCCCGUAAACCAGCAAAAGUUAUAAUUUCUUCUGUUGAAGCUGUUGCAGAGUCAAUGGGUCUUAAGGUCCAUUCUCGCAAUUACAAGGUGAGGCUAGAAGGUGCUUCUGUAAACAAGGUUGGGCAACUUGCAGUGGUCUUGGAGGUUUUUGAAGUCGCUCCAUCCCUUUUCAUGGUUGAUAUUCGGAAGGCAGCUGGGGACACUUUUGACUACCACAAGUUUUACAAGAGUUUUUGUACCAAACUCGGAAGCAUUAUUUGGAGACCAGCAGGGACCAUUCCAAAUUCUAACACGCUUAAGCAAAUGACUGUAUAAUCCAAUCCUUGAAGUUAUGAACGAUGCAAAUCUGCUUAGAAGUGCACCGAGAGCUUCAGCUGGUCUCCGAGUAUCCUAAAAAGCUGACAUGCUUUGUUGCUAUCAUAAUGCAAUGUGCAAUGCAUGAAUACUACUGUGAACGGGUGUCGCUGUCUACUUACCACACGGCUUGGCUUGGCUUAAUAAAUCCCACGAUGGUUUACAAAAUCCAUCCAUUAUUGGGUUCUGGGAGAAAUGUAUAAAGAAUAAAAACAAAAUACGUGUUUGAUUAAGUAUGAAGUUAAAUUUACUCAGAUUUGAGUAUGUAAAUGUUCACGUAAUUAUAUUUUUAACCAUAGUACUACCAUGAUUUUGUGGGGGGCCAAAUGUACUGAACCCAAAAAUUACGCGUUUUUUUUUUUGACAUUUGUCGGAGCACUAGUGUACGUACCCACUUUACCACUUGUGUGGUCACUA